AUGGUUAUUAAACUUCACAUCUUCCCUUUUACUGGAACAGCCUUAAACCCCAUUCCCAGGAGCAACUGCAUCAAUGACCUGCCUCAGGAUCUGUUUCUCUUCUGGUGGAUGAAUCUCAUUCUCCAGGACUCGCACACUGCACCCCAUGGACUGACCCCUUCACAAGCAGCUCUCCAACAUUCCAGCGCCAAGAAAGUCACACUGAUGUGCAUCUUUCUGUUUCCCAAGCAGGAGAUCGCUGGCCUUGGCGAUGGUGCAGCGACACAAGGGAGCCGGGACGAGAGGGUGUUGAGCUACGAAGCCGUUCUGCAGAUGGAAGUGCACUAUGCCCGUCCAAUUAUCAUUCUGGGGCCAACCAAGGACAGAGUCAACGAUGACUUACUCUCAGAAUUCCCGGACAAGUUUGGAUCCUGUGUUCCCCAUACGACCCGACCGAAACGUGACUACGAGGUGGAUGGACGUGAUUACCACUUUGUGGCGUCACGUGAACAGAUGGAGACGGAUAUUCAGAGUCACAGGUUUAUCGAGGCGGGCCAGUACAACAGCCACCUGUAUGGGACCAGCGUCCAGUCUGUGAGGGAAGUGGCAGAGCAGGGGAAGCAUUGCAUUCUGGAUGUAUCAGCCAAUGCGGUGCGGAGGUUACAGGCAGCUCACCUUCACCCUGUCGCCAUUUUCAUCAGGCCGAAGUCUCUGGAGAACAUCCUGGAGAUUAACAAACGCCUGACAGAUGAACAGGCACGAAAAGCCUAUGAGAGGGCUGUGAAGUUGGAACAGGAGUUUACAGAGUGUUUCUCAGCGAUUGUGGAAGGGGACAGCUUUGAAGAAAUCUACAUUCGAAUAAAGCAUGUCAUUGAGGACCACUCUGGGCCCUACAUCUGGGUCCCUUCUCGGGAGAGACUCUAAGGACAACCCCCUGAAAUCCUCAUCCCACCAACACUUCCCCACCACUGACCUCAUCCACGCUACCUGCCCCUUCCUGAGCUUCGACAGCCGCUAUCGUCUCUUGCAGGACCUGACCCUCCCGCUCCUCCUCGUCACAAACACACAGUUUUCAUUCUUUCAAUCGCUCGGUUAUGGGAUGGGCAAAGGAACUAAAACAUAAGAAAACAUGUUUUUUUAAAAGAAGAACAAAGAGGACAGCCUUGCGUGUGAUCUGUUUGUUUCCGCACUGUGCAAAACUCGCUUGUGCAUGCUUUUUUGUGUAAAGCAAGGAACUAACAAGGAUCCUACAAUAGAACUUUUCAAAAACUAAAUCCUGACCCCCAACCUCAACUUGCGAUGCACGAGAGGGGCAUAAUGUCUGUGAAGCCUGAGCUGUCAACUGUACAAAUCUUGGCUUGUCUCUGGGUGACU